UAGGGUGGGGAGCUAUGCCUGUGCCCUGGAGGGGGCUCCCCUCCCCUCCACACACACGCAUCUCUACCUCUUCCCCUAUGUUAUAUUGAGAAGACGCGGCAGCUUCCUUCCUCGGCUGCUCAUGCCCGAACCCCCUUAGAUUCCUCCCAACCCCGGGCUCAGGGCGCCUGAGUGCUCUUAGGCUGAGGCGGAGUUCGAGAGAGAGGUCCCCGAGCUUCCGAGGCAUGAGCCCAGCUAGCUAUGAAAGGCACCCAAUACAGGGAACAGGCAGCGGCCACAAUCAACAAUAGCCACCCCAAAGGCUCCUGUGGAACAAGGGGACUUCAAGGUGAUUGCACCCAUUAUCCCUUCCCAGAGAAGGGGGCUAACCCCUGGCGCUCGGACCCAGAACUUUUCCUUGGUGUUCUAGGAAGGCCUGGCCUCUUUAGCCCCAAGAAAAGUUUCCAUAGACACCUAGGGUCUUUUAUCUCCUUUUUCUGAAGUUCGGCGGAAUAGUCGAAGAGAGCAGAGGACACUCGAGCAUCUCUCUGUUGCCAAUUGUGCGGAAGAGAAUCCGCCAGCAGCGCGCAGCACCGAGCCCACUGGCAGCGAAAGGGUUAGCUGCUUGGUGUUGAUUGUUUGAGUUCUUGAAGCGGGGUGAGGGGAAAGCGGGCGGGAGCCAAAGGGGCAUUUUAAUUUCCUCGCCUGACACAGAAAUGCAUUUUAGCAAAGAAAAAGCCAUAUACAGCAGCUUGAGGGUGACGGAUCUGACUGAGACCUGUCGCUAGAGAUAUUCUGGAGAGGGUUUCCUUCUCUUUCGGAAUGUAAUCUAGGAUGCUCAUUCUCAGGUUGCUCAAUGUGGUAGCCCCAGUCUACUUCUUGUGCAUCUCCCUGGUGACCUUCGUCCUGCAGCUCUUCCUCUUCCUCCCCAACAUGUUCAAGGACCCCACAAUCACCCCUCUCUUCUCUCCGGCUCUGCUACAUGGGGCUCUCUUCCUCUUCCUUUCUGCCAAUGCUCUGGGCAACUACAUCUUGGUGAUUCAGAACUCACCUGAAGAUCUGGGCACCCGAAAGAAUGCAGGGGCUAAAGGAGUGGGCACUGCUUCUGAGUGGCCAGAGGCAGGCAGAAAUGCCUCAUCCUCCUCGCAGAGCACCCACUUUUGCAGGCUCUGUGCUAGGGUGACCCUGAGACACGACCAUCACUGUUUCUUCACAGGAAACUGCAUUGGGAGCAGAAACAUGCGAAACUUCAUCAUGUUUUGCCUCUAUACAUCUUUGGCUUGUCUCUACUCCAUGGUGGCUGGAGUGGCCUAUAUCUCUGCAGUACUCUCCAUCUCCUUUGCCCACCCUUUGGCCUUCCUCACACUCCUGCCUCACUCCAUUAGCCAGUUUUUCUCAGGAGCUGUCCUUGGUUCUGAAAUGUUCGUCAUCCUCAUGCUAUACCUCUGGUUUGGGAUUGGACUGGCUUGUGCUGGCUUCUGCUGCCAUCAACUUCUGUUGGUGCUCAGGGGACAGACCCGACACCAGAUGCAGAAGGGGAUUGUGGUUCGUGCCCGACCCUGGAGGAAGAAUCUGCAGGAGGUCUUCGGAAAGAGAUGGCUCCUGGGCCUUCUGAUCCCUAUGCUCAAUGUGGGCAGUGAAUACCCUCGACAUAAGGGCAAAUAACAGUCCUGCCCUACCUGGCUUGCUCUCUCUCACACACUUUCUUUUCUUUAUCUCUAUCCCUGCCUGAACACAAGCAUAUUUUCUCAUUUCUACUCAUGAUCCACUAGAAUACUCAGCAGUAGGGAAAGGUCAAGUCAACUCUAAGCAUCUCAACCUACAAUCAAGUAAAUAGGUAGUAUUAAAUAGAGGACCAACUGCCACUCAGCAGAGAGGAAAUCCAAUAGCCCAGAAUUCUGAAAUUCAUGUCACUAGGAAAGCAAACUGAUGAGAUGACCAUGAAUUCCCUUAGGACCAACUCCUACUGCUCUCAGAACUUUCUCUUACAUCCUCUCUUCUCUCCUCACCCCUAAUUUCCCAAUCCUUCUGUCUCCACUCAUAAAAAUUAUAUAUGAUGUCAUGAUUAGUUAGGAAUCCUCCCUUCUGUGUAGUCUUCCUCCAAUACCCUGAUGAGGGUAAGGUUGGGGAAUGAUGGAUUGCUGAGGCUGGUGCAAAUCUCAGAAUGACCUUGAAGGCAAUAAAAAAUGUUUAAAAAUAAAAUAUAUGAGAGGCACCCAAGCAGUUGCUAGUCCCCAUCCUGCCAACUACAGGAGAGACUAAGAGAAUUUUAGAAUAAUAAUAAUAACUUACAUUAAUAUAGCGAGUUAAAGUUUGUAAAGCACUUUGCAUCUAUUUAUCUCAC